AUCAGAUCGACGCUCUUCGGUAAACAGUUGACAAUCCGCUUAGGUGCGUGUCUUAUUGAACCGGUGUGUUGAGAACGAGCAAAGUGUUAUAUGAUUAUCAUGUGUCCCAGUCGGAGAGGAAAUAAAGUGAUGUGAUUUAACAUUAAAUGGAGGCAACGUUAAAUAUGUCUCUGUCUAUAGCUUCGUAAAAAUGAAUAUUAUGUUCUUUUUAAAUCAUGUUUAAACCAAGCGGAGUAUACCUUUGUGGGAAAUAUAUCCUGUUUUUGUUGAUGUUCGCUCGUUUUGCGGAUGGCUCCUACCAGCUGUCCGUCCCUUCCGAAUAUGUCGCUUUCUCCGGCCACCUUAUCAUCGGCUACAAAAUCCCAGACGCUAUUCAUCUCCCAAACGCUUUCGUCCGUCUUUACCUGAUCUCAGACAAUCGCGAAGAGGUCAUCCAGACGCUUGCUAUAGAUCCGGCCUACAAAACCGGAAACCUUCAGAUCACGUGUGGCAUCAUCGAAGUGGCGGGUCAGUAUGACUUAAAGAUGUUUGAUUACGAUGGCGGGAGAAUGCUCAUCCGUGCAGUUGUGAUUGUACGGUGGCCUGAAGUGACCUUAACGUUGCCGUCUGGAAUUCAUUAUGCUCAAAGUAGUCCCGUCCUGUUGCGGAUUAAUUCUAGUGCAGUGUGCAAUCCUUUACUUAAAAAGUACAGUUUUAAAAUUGAACUCGACUAUUCAGCCAAUGAUUCCAUGAUCUCAAAAAAUGGCAAAAAGGAUGUGAUAUAUUCAGAGCCAUUUUCUGACUUUUUCGCGAGAAACUUUUCGCUACAGCUGCCGUGUCAUCUGUUCGAUACAUCAGGGAUAUUCGGCGUCACUUUAACAUCAACAUUUAGUGCCAUAUCGCAAGUUGCCAGAAGCAACCCUCUAGUGACGAGUUUAAAUCCAGCAUAUAAAAUCAUUAUAUAUCAAAAAACCAUAUUCCCAUGCGCCGACAAUUUUAUUAUCAACUAUGGAGUACCGCAGUGCCCCGGCCUCAAGGAAAACAACCGCAUUCGGAUAUAUCAGCUAAUUCGGACAUCAUUCGGGUCCAUGGCGUCACCGGUAACCAGAAAUUACGUCAUGGAGAGAUUUGCAGACCCGGACCAAACGUUCCUCUCAGAGAACUGCUCUGCGUUCGAGACCGUAUCGGUGGGCUUCUGUUUCCAGUAUGUGACCUUUGUGAGGGACAAUGUCGUCAUCAACCAGACCGAACGAUGCCUCUCCGCUCAUCCAGACUCAGUGUUGCCCAUAGAUGGCGGCUGGUCCCGAUGGAGCCCGUGGUCCCAGUGCUCAAAGACUUGUGGGGCCGGGGAGCAGACGCGCUACCGGAUGUGUGACUCGCCAACACCGAACUUCGGCGGCGCCUUCUGCUCAGGGGAGGGCAUCCAGCGUCAGGCGUGCAGCAUUUUCUGUCCAGAUUCGAUUCCUUACACACCUCUCCAUUCGCCCAAUGUUGACGUGAAGUGCGCAUGUGGCUGUAAAAUCAACGACACGAGAGGGGAUAUAAUAGCAAGCGGGCGAUGCGCGCGCACUUCAAAAUGGCUGAUCUCCGCAGAGCCGGGAUACACAAUUGCGCUGCAGUUCACCUACAUAAAUCUCUACCAGCCGAAACAGUGGUUGAAGGUCCGGAAUGGUUUCAGUUCCGACUCGGACUUGCUGGCCUUCACCGACGGCCGGGUGGUGGUUCAGCGAGUGACGUCCACCGGGAACCAGAUGCUGGUGGAAUUCUUUUCGGAGCCAACUCCACUUGAUAAUGGCGACGUGCGCGUGUAUUCCAAACAAGCCACGGAUCCGAUACACGUCCAUGGCUUCAUAGCGUCUUUCAUUUCAAAUUACACUGAGUUCCAGCCUGCGCCAAUAUCGAUGGCUCCUCUGGCAAGUCUAGACUCGCCGUCAAUCUGGGAGAGCACCGUAACGAUCGUGGGUAUCUCGUUGUGCGGCGUCGUCGUCAUUAUUGCCAUCGCUUUCGUCAUUUACCAUCGCGUAUGUCACCUGCGCGAUCACAAAUACGCAAUGGCGGCUCACGAUGAAAGUCCAAAGCGCAUGUGCAAAAGUACGAGCAUGCGCAGUACGCCUAGUCACGAGAGUCAUCAUGGGAUAGAAAUAGAACAUGACAUGGAAAUUCCCUUGACAGGAAUUCCGAAUGCGGAUAAAAGAAAAGCCAAAACUCCUGGUGCAAAUUCUCAGAGAUCUAAAGGCUCGAUUACAAGUGCCCAUUCCCAUAAUUUAAAGGUUCAUAGAGCAAAUAUUGAGGUGGAAAGAAACAAUGUGCAUCUCUCUAGUCCGUUAACACCUCGGGGAGAUUAUACGCCCGUGCCACAGGAUUCAAGCCCGCGCCGUGUGAUACGAAAUCCAGACAUUGAACAAGUUAACGGGAAUAAUGUGGGUAUGUUUAGAACUAGUCCUAUAGUGCGACCGAAAGUGCCGCGAUCACCAAAAGUUCAUCCAUCACCAAAAAUAAAAAAGCAUCAUUCAUCCAAAACUCCCACCAACGAUAAACGAUUUGACGGUUCAGGACGCGACAGCGUUCAUCGGGUGGUCAUGGGGUCAGACCAUACACCAACAAACAGUGUGACAUCGCCUCAAUUAGAGAGCGUGAAACAUGAGUGUGAAACGCCAACGAAUAUUAACAACGCCCCUUUAUACAGAAAACAUAGUAAAUUAAAAUCGGAAGCGUUAGAGACACCAGAUUCCGAAAACGUCGGAGCCAAACCUAACGAUAUAAAGCUAAAAGAUCUUAGCCAUAUAAGCACUGCAGACGAUAGAAAACCGGCGUCAGGGACGUCCGACGACUCGAUAUCGCCGGAGAAACACGCAGACUCAAAGGCCACGACGUCAUUCAUUGAACACGGUGGGAAGCCACGACGUCCCACGUCAUUGACGGAGAGCUACAGCAAGAUGAGCCUGUCGUCAGUAGGCAAAGCAAGCGAUGAGUGCAAUAAAGAAAAGUCAUCCGUUACCUCGAGAGAUGAUAGACAAAACGCUUUACCAAAGCCCGACGGUCAGAGUCCGAAAUCUCAGCGCGUCGAGACGCUGAAAUCAGAAUCUCAAAAUUCGUCCCCAGUGAAAACGUCUAAAACGUCGACGCCACUGAGCGUUAGAAGUAGCCAUAGUGACCGAACUGACGCAGGCAUCAAAACAAAAUCACCAGCACGCAGCAUCAAUACCCCUUCUGAUGUCAUCGAGCUCGAAUACGAUGACUUCAUAGACAUGGAUGACACAUAUUCCUAUUUUGAUCCCGUAGAAACCGAGAAAUUGACUUGGCAUGGGGUAGAACGGGUCAAAUCGACAAAAAAUUCGUAAUGUACUUAGAGAUUUAAAGUAAUCUCUUCAUACCUUAUGUUGAGUUAUGCCAUAUAAUUUUGUUUUUAAUUGCACAUUAAAUCAUAGUAUAAAUUAAACUGUAUCGUUAAAAAGAAAAUGAUAUUUUUGCAUAAUAUCAGAUGAGGCAGCACUGUUUGUAUUUUUAUAGAGUAUAUCCUAUUCUUUCGUGUUCUUUCAAUCUUUCUGCCUUCUGUUGUGAUCUAUAUCGUCUAUGUUUUUGUGCGAAACAUAAUUUUUUAUAAUUUUUAAAAAUAUUUUCGAUAUUAAUAUCCGGAGCAACCUGGAACUCGAAUGAAGAUCCGAAAAUGUGUACUUUCAGAAUUGAACAGCGGAUGUAGUUGUUUUACAUAGUUACGAUUGCAUCGAAUGUGUUAGACAUUUGUCAUAUGCAAAUGUUUGUUUAUGACAAUGUGUUGUAGAGUAUUACCUUUUUGUCCGUUAUUUAUUUUCGUUUAGAGGAUGUUUUGUUGUACUGUUAGUGGAUUGUUUCAUAUGUGAACCGCCUUUACACAUGAGAUUAUUUUGUUCAGUAAAUGAACGUUUUAAAAGAUAAAAAA